AUGGCGGCGUCGAGGCUCCUUGCGCCUGUGCUGAGAGAUUUUUCCCCCCUGCAGGGUGCUAAAACUAAGGCUUCAGACGAGAGCGAUGCACCUCCUCCUAAGAGGGUGCCUAUUUUUUAUGGAAGCCUGGAGGAGAAGGAACGAGAACGACUCUCUAAAGGGGAGUCGGGCAUGCUGAGCAAGGAUGCGGUCAAAGCUGCGAUUGAGGCUGGCAAUAUCAACAUCACUACUGGUGAAGUCUUUGACCUGGAGGACCACAUCAGUGAGCGCCAGGCAGAAGUGCUGGCUGAGUUCGAACGUCGGAAACGAGCAAGACAAAUCAACGUUUCAACGGAUGACUCUGAGGUCAAGGCCUGCCUGCGAGCUCUCGGGGAGCCCAUUACGCUUUUUGGUGAAGGCCCUGCAGAGAGAAGGGAGAGGUUGCGUAAUAUUCUCUCAGUGGUUGGCACAGAUGCCUUGAAGAAGACCAAGAAAGAUGAUGAAAAAUCUAAGAAAUCAAAAGAAGAGUAUCAACAAACCUGGUACCAUGAAGGACCAAACACCCUGAAAACUGCCAGACUGUGGAUGGCCAACUACUCACUCCCUCGGGCCAUCAAGCGGUUGGAGGAGGCCCGGUUGCUGAAGGACAUCCCUGAAGCCACCAGGACAUCUCAGAAACAGGAGCUACACAAAUCUUUGAGGUCUUUGAAUAAUUUUUGCAGCCAAAUUGGGGAUGACCGUCCAAUCUCGUACUGCCACUUCAGCCCUAACUCUAAACUCCUGGCUACAGCCUGCUGGAGUGGACUUUGCAAGCUGUGGUCUGUGCCUGACUGCAACCACGUCCACACAUUGCGAGGGCAUAACACAAAUGUUGGGGCAAUUGUCUUCCACCCCAAGGCGACCAUCUCCCUGGACAAGAAGGACGUGAACCUGGCCUCAUGCGCAGCUGAUGGCUCGGUCAAACUCUGGAGCCUCGACAGCGAUGAGCCGGUGGCAGACAUUGAGGGGCACACAGUGAGAGUGGCACGGGUGGCGUGGCACCCCUCCGGCCGGUUCCUGGGCACCACUUGCUAUGACCACUCGUGGCGGUUGUGGGACCUUGAGGCCCAGGAGGAAAUUCUGCACCAGGAGGGACACAGCAAAGGGGUCUACGAUAUUGCGUUCCAUAAUGAUGGCUCCCUAUCUGGCACUGGCGGCCUUGAUGCAUUUGGCCGGGUGUGGGACCUUCGUACGGGGCGCUGUAUCAUGUUCUUGGAGGGUCAUCUCAAGGAGAUUUACGGGAUCAACUUUUCCCCAAAUGGGUACCACAUUGCCACUGGCAGUGGGGACAACACCUGCAAAGUGUGGGACCUGCGCCUGAGGAAAUGUAUCUAUACUAUCCCUGCUCACCAGAACCUAGUGACUGGAGUGAAGUUUGAACCAAAUCAUGGCAAUUUCCUACUCACCGGUGCCUAUGACAACACUGCGAAGGUCUGGACGCACCCAGGCUGGUCCCCUCUGAAAACCCUGGCUGGGCAUGAGGGCAAAGUGAUGGGCUUGGAUAUCUCCCUGGACGGGCAGCUGAUUGCAACGUGCUCUUACGACAGGACCUUCAAGCUCUGGAUGGCGGAAUAGGCAGUUCCCUGGUGCAGGACUGGUCCUUCCCAGCUCCCAUAGCAGCGUACACCUGAUGUGACAACCUGGGCUCCACUGCUGGCAGUGCCUGGCUUGCAGUAGGAUCAGGGGCCACAGGUGGUGCCCCACUCACCACGAUCAAGCUAGACUGCGUUUGAGAACCCUUGUCCCCGAGAAGCUUUAUUUUUGUACUGUCCCUCCCCACCUUCCCUUGCCAACAGACUUGGGGUUGUGCUCUUAUGACUUCGACCAUCUGCAGCGAGAAUACCCUUCUUUGCCAGCCUGGUACUUGGAUGCCCAGACUGCUCCUUGCCAC